CCUGGCUUCGAAACUUGGUUGGCUGGCUGGCUGAGCUUGCCGAGACUUGAGACUCGAGUGUCGAGACACUCACUCUGCACAGUCGCGCUGUAUAGUUGCUUCGAUUAGGACGUGUGGUUCGCUUUAGCGCACGUUACAGUUACGACGACGCGCCAUACCUGCAAUAUGAAGUAUUCAACAGGUCGACGAAACAUUCUGUGUCUGCUGGGAUUGUGCCUUCUGCUUUUAAAAACAGGACCCACAGAGGCACAGAGUAAACGACCCUCACGCGUAACCAGCUCCCGCAGCUUCGGCACCAACGUCAAGCCCAACACCUCCAAUGGCCCUAGUUUCGACUGCCCCGAGGAGUUCGGAUACUAUCCGCACCCAUCGGACUGCACCCAGUACUACGUGUGCGUCUUUGGAGGAGCGCUUCUUGAGAGUUGCACUGGUGGCCUGAUGUACUCGCACGACCUGCAGACCUGCGACUGGCCGCGAAACGUCGGCUGUGAGUUGGUGGACACAUCCUCCGAGCGCAGCCCUGCACAAAGCCAAGCCCAGAGCCAAAGGGAACCCCAUGCGCAGCACGUGCCGAGCCGAAUACGCUUUGGAUCCGCUUUCGGCAGUCAGGGUGGCACGCAGAAGGCGGCCACCGUGCCGCCACAGUACCAUCGUUCUCCACCACAGGUAAUCCAGGCGCAGGUCCAGAACAUACCGCCUCCUCCACCGGAGCUGCGAGUGUCACCAAACCCGGUCAUCACGUCGCGUGGCCAACCAAAACCUCUGAUCGACUCCCAGGAGGACAUUGCAAAGCUGUAUGCCGAUGCGCAGGAAUCGUUGCCGCCUGUGGAAGAAGAGGAGUCCGACCGUCAGCAGAGAGUGUAUCGAGGCCAACCAAGUACUGUUAGUCAAGUUCAACGCGAUCGCGAUGGUAUUAUUCACCAAGCUAGUAUAAAUUCUAUUCCUCAAAGUGGAAAAAUCGGAUCUUACGCUUUUGGGACCGCCUAUAGCGAAAACCUGCAGGACGACCAGACGAUCGAACUGUCCCACAACCGACUUGAUGAAAAUAGGCAGCGCAAUCGCCGCGACCUUAGUGCCCAGCCGACGAAAAUUUCCGGUAAGGAACCUACAGCAGAAAAAAAUCACAAGAACUCAAAUUGUUCAAGCGAUGUAUUGGAGCAUGACAGUCUAAUCGGGCUCUCUGUUUGUACUGAGACUUCAAAUAACUCAAACAGUUCACAAGAACGCUUAGAAGAUAAUGCGCCGGCAGCUAGUGGGCUGCGUAAAUACUCUUCAAAAAUCCCUCAGCUAAAGAGCGAAACCGCAAUGGAAUUCGACUACGAACAAAUUCCUGGCGAAGACAGCCAGUUGAUGGAAGGACAUGGAGACGAGGAUGAUGUGGCCACGGGUGAGUCGAAGAGACGACCGCGCCAGUUGCGACCCAUUUCUCAUACAUCAUUGAAGUGGCCGGGCCAAAACUACCGCGCCAUUGACGCACCCCCUUCCCCACCGAUUUCUCAGCAAACGGGAUACAGCUUUGGAAGCUAUAAUCCAUACCUCACGCCACCCAAUCCUGUCCAUAACCAACCGCCUUACGGCAACCCCAACUAUAAUCACCUACCCGGCUACCACUCAUACGUGCAUCAGCAGCAACAAUUGGCUUCCGCUGGUCCACUCACUCAGAAAAAGCAGAAAGUGGCCUACACCGGCUACAAUCUGUCUUUGCCUCCACCAUCGCUGGAGGAUGACUUUCGUCCCAUUGCGGGCAACUACUACGAAGCUGCCGGUGCAGCUCAAGCUAGUCCGCGUUCGCCUAACAACCUACAGCACCAUUCUAACGCUGGCGACCUACUUCCUUAUCUGAUACAACAGUUGAAGGAGCUAAAAGAACAGCGCAAGCACCUUCAGAGUGAUAACUUUGCGUACUUCCGAUUGGAAAAUCAGCCAGUGAGCCCGGUUCCCACUCAUGGAGUCACACCCGUACCCACAAUUAGCACCACUUACUACUCCCCAGUAGACCCGUCAAAGAUGUCACAACAGGUUACACCAAGCGGUCAGUACAGCACAAUGGGCGGAUUCUACAACAACCAAAAACCUGGUCAAACCCCCUUAAAUCCCAACUAUCCCGGAAAGUUGGUAUCCCAGUAUAGUAUUGCCUCUAACGGACAUGGCAGCACGACGGAGAGCAACUACUUUCAAUACAAUAUUGUUGCUAACCAAAAGAUGAAAGGUGUCUUUAGCACCGCUCCGCCAAACCAGAUCGGCCAUUCUGCAGUUAAAGUUACGCCACCAGUCACGCCGCUGCAGGUGACUCAGAGUAUUAACGUGGUGUCUGCCCCAAAUUUGGCCUACAAAAUACCUAAUCGUCUGCAGCAAGCCCCACUUUAUGACUUCUCACACCUUCCCGUAGGUAUUAGCUACGCCAACAACAGCACUAUUCCAGAAUCCUACCAAACUUUCACAAAGUCUGUCAGCACAUCAGAAACGCUGCUGCCAGAUGUGCCCACUACAACGCCUAAGUCAAAGCUCACAAACUUUCAGUUUGACAUCAACGAGUUCAUGGCUAAUCUUAAGGACAGCGAUUUGGCCAGUGUCAACCCGGCCGUAAAUCCGUUGAUCAAGUAUUUUAAAGAGUUAAGUACCGACGACAACGGAAAUACAAAUGUGCCCAAUCCGAUAGUUGGUCGACGCCCCGUAACUGGCAGUACCAGCACCUUGAACAACACAGCUACGACCACCCAGGAAGCCAUCACGCCGAACCCACCAGCGUCCAAAAAUCGGAUAAGACCCGAGCCGACACCACCGACACGAAGCACUCCCACUACAAUUAGGACUCUGAAAGGCUACGAAAACUUCAUAAAGGGCAUACAGAACCAACUCAACGCGCGAAACUCUAGCCAAAGUCCCGCCUACAGCACAUCAACCACUUCUAUGCGAAUGCCAACCACCACGACCAUCAAGAGCGUCGACUAUUAUGACGAGGAUUACGAAGAGGAUGAAGACAUAUUGCCUCCGUCUCAAAUGCCCCCUUAUAUGCCAGUGUCCGAGACCAUGGCCCCUCCCCGCCGAAAUUUGGCUACGGCAAAGCCCAAUACUGAGUCGCCAGGAAAGGGGCGAAUCAACUUCCAGACGGGCUUCCUAGAGGCAACGACAACUCGACGUCCGUUCCCCAGCUUCACCAAGCUGAACCAAGCAAGUGCUGAAGCCGACGUGCCUUCAUUUAUCAGCUUUCCCAGUGACAUCUUCCAAGAGCUAAAGCAGCGGCUGCCCAAGCUCCCAGAAUCCAACACCCCACAAUCCAGUUCCAAACUACUUACAACUCCACGCAGUGUGCGCCCAACAGCCCAUCCAAGGCCUAUCUCCUCCACCACAGAGCAGCAGUCAACUCGAGUGCGUUUUACAACAAUCCGACCACGCAUACGAGGACAACAAAAAUGGAUGACGGCUUCUCCAGUCCAUGAACAAAAGGAAAUAAAUAACCAUACUGAAAACAGUCCCGUUGUCUUAAGCUCAAGCAAGCAAAGCAAUCCGGGCGGCCUCCCACUGAACUCAAUACAUGCCGGCUCAAGCCCAGAAAGACACAGGGAUAUAGAGUACCAACAGCAGCAGCCACAGGAGCAGCAGCAAGCACCUACCCCCCAGUAUCAGUCAACAGUGCGCCAGCAGCAGCCCCACGCAACAUACCGCCCCUUAGAGCUCUCGGCCACUCCGAAGCCCCCCUCUUACGCCAACCAGCCAGCAUACGUCUCGGACUAUGACGAGGAUAUUAAUGGUCAGAUUGAGCAGGAUAAUGCGUACGAUCAGCCCACACGUGCUCCUCAAAGGGCAGAACAUGUGGUCAUACAAAAACUGGAUACCCCGGCCAGGCACUCGAGCACACUCACUCUAACGACGCCCGCAUCCCCACCGGAAGAUCCCACAUACUACGAAAGGAUAACUACGCCCUAUGCUCCGAAGCGCGGGCCUGUCGACUACGCCUAUGGGUCGGCAGAAGACUACGACCAGAGCGAGCGUACACUCACUGGAGUCAAGGCAAGGCCCCAUACCGGUACGGAUGGCUCUGACCUGAUUGCCAAUGUUGUGGGACAUACCGAAAAGACCACCGCGACGCCACCAACACGAUCGCAGAACACGAAGACGACUCCGCCAAAUACCAGAAGCCAUGCAAGGAUUUCCAAUACGACCACACAAGCUGUUACGUUUACACAGUCCUCAACAAUAACAAGCACAUCAACAUAUUCUCCAACGACAACAUCAAAACUUGCAAGCUCGAAAGCGCAUGCAAAUAAGUCAUAUAAACAACAUAUUCCUGACAAGUCAAAAACAACUACAAAAGCUUCCAGUACCUCUCAUACGACCACGACCAGCUCCACACCUUUCCCAAAUUACCUUACUUAUAGUUCAAAUCCUUUUCUCAAAUCGAAACUACAACACGUUGCUAAAUCAUUGGCAAGGCUAGUCUCAAGCAGUCAACCUAGGACAAAUUUCACCAGUUACCCUCAAGCUCAGAACCUUACAAACUCUCCUCGCCAGUCCACAAGUUCGGAAUCAAUCCCUGAUAAAGUUACCGUUCCCGCUCAAAUUAUUGCCCUAAUUCCCCCACCCACCACCACGCAAAGGCCCCUGGUAAAGGACAGCUCCGGUAAUAACAACCUGGAGAACGUUGAGGCUGUCUUUGACGAGAGUCACACAAUUAAUCAGACGGUUAAACUGCCCAAGAGUCGCUCCUUUGAAACCAGCACAUCGGCAAAGUUCCUAGAUUUUAUUAAUGCCGCCGCGUAUGGUACAAGCCCGAGUGGCAAUCGUCUGAAUGAAGUGCCAGAUAAACUUGUUAACAGGGAUAUUUCUUUUCGAGACAAGGACAUCUCGUACGAGUCGAGCUCACGGAAACCGGAGCCCCUGUCCAAAUAUUUUCAGAAAUACGUCGAUUCUGAUGUGCCUCCACAAAGUUUUAAAGUUCCCACAAACAUUGGAGUGCGAUUGCCGACGGAAGAAAUGGAAAGCGCAAGCACAACGCGACCAAGUAAGCCCAUACAAUAUAGUCUUCAAAGUGGAUCGCAAGGUUUUAGUUUGCGUGCCGAGCUAAGAGAACGUAAUGUGUCGGAUCCAAUAAUUGCAAGGACGAAUAGUUUUUCCUCCACCACAACCACAACUAGCCCAAAAACACUGGCUGACUUAUUUCAGCAGUACGUGGACAUCAAACCUACAACAUACGCUCCACCUCUUCUCAUUUGGCGUAGUGGAAGACCAGUCAUUCAACAGGCCCAUCAUAGACCUACAGUCGCAAGUUCCAGCACAUCUACUAGUGUCACUACAACUACAUCUGCUCCUACAACUUCUAAAGAUGAAGUCGAAUCCAGCAGCACUAGCAGGGCCAUUACCGCAUCAAAAUCGGUGGCUCAGCCUAGCCGAGAACUAGAUUUUCUACCAAGACCGAAUUAUAUGGCACGUUCCGGUUAUUUAAAAAACAGCCCAAAUCGAGUAACAGCCAACCCUGCGAUGAAUUUUGUAUCACCGUACAAAAGCCUAGAGAACUUGCUUCAUGAAGAACGCCAGCACCAGCAUCACCAUCUGCGGACAACCACUAGACCCCGCUACACAAAUGCACCUGCCUUUCCGGAGUUCCUCCAGACUACGGCGAAGUCACCAAAGAAUCUCUUUAUGACGGCGUCUAUUAGGAACUCUAGUCAAGAUGUUUUGGCCACGAUGGAGACCGGAAACGCACGUAACUUCAGUGUCAGCGACGCUAUACUCAGCACAUUCAGUCCUCAGCGUCCUGCUCCAAGUAUGCUGCGAACCACUAGCACUACCAGUACCACGACGACAACAACAACAACUACUACGAUGAAACCACAUCCCCUUGAAAGAACUUCGACUGAGGUUCCAACAACGGUUUCCGCCGUGGUCGCUUCCUCAGCCAUCCACAUUUCACAGGCCCCAAAGCGUGCCCGUGGGCGCUCUCGAUACACGGCGGCCACUUCAAACAGUCUCGGGGACAGCGUGGACGAGCCCACGACUUAUGCACCCAAGCUUAGAUUGCCCGGCGGAUAUGAUCCCAUUCCGUUUCCUAAACGAAAGCCGCAACGAGUGCAAGUGAUCGGCAAUCAAAGGUCUUUAUUGAGUGGACCAACAGCAAAGCAACAUGAAAAGUAUACGGUAUUUAAGGACGCACUGCAAGCCAAAGAUUCCGCCCUUAGCGCACCAAAUGUUCUUAGCAACUCGCUGAAACAUAAACCAAUCGAAAAUGAAGCUAGCGCUUCGGAUGAGCCAAGAGCUGAGGCUUUAAUUAGCAAGCCUUUGGAGGCCAGGCAUCAGAAUGGCAUAAACGAAAAAGAAACUGCGAUGGACUACAGCUCCACUGAACACGUGGUAUCGAUAACAGAACGUCCAACUGUCAAGUUCCUUUACUCAAACAAAUACCGACAGCAAACUGCGGAGCACACUCUAGCAGACAGUCUUCAGAACUCAGGGUAUUUAACAUCGCCAAACGGGUCGUUACAGAAGUUCCGAUCCGCCAACGUCCUUGACCAACUGAGGCAGUUUCUUUCCGGCAGUGACAGCAACAGCAAUAGCGAUGAGAGCGGGAAUUCCCAAUUCGUUGAUGAGUACUCACUGCCCGAAUUAAGGUCCGCCAUCGGUGAGAUCAAGCAGCUUUACUUUCCCACCGACCGACCAGUAACGACCACUUUAAAAUCAAGCACGUCUACGCUGCAUCCUAAUACCACGCCUUUUGCGACACUAUCUCCAAUCCGAUCCAAGGCAGAAUCCGUUUUGCCCUCUCUUAACAUCUUGACCGCUAAUUCGAUUUCAACAGAAAGAACAACACCAAGCACUCCCGAUUUUAGUACCCCUAUAACCCUAAAAGCCCCACCAGUUUCUUUGACAACCGCCCCCACUAUUCCCACCGCUACAGCUACACCCUCCCCAUUUGCACCGCACACUGCGCGCGCUUCGAGGGUGAAUAAUGUCAUUAAGUCGUCGAUUGCUGCCGCUGCCCUAGGCCCUAGCACCUCAACCUAUCAGCCACCAGUGUCAGCGGGUAAAACCCAAAAGUUCAAAAUCGGCUUCGCUACCAACAAUAAAAACCACCAACUCCAAACAAGCAGCGUCAACCAAAAUGGCCCCGCAGCCUCAGCCUCGGUGAAGUGCUCCGAUAGCACACUAAACGCCAAAUGCAACGAGAUCUCUUCAAGAAACAGCAAUAGAAACCGGGGCAGUGCCAUGUACAGCAAUCAGGAUAGAGACUUGCAAUCCACGCCCAACCGCGGAACUCACCCACCACGAACACGCCCCACGCUUAAGCCAUCGGGCACAAUUGUAUCAAAGGCUCAAGAGUUUGUGGAUAUAUACCGGUACCCACCGACCCGCCCCGACCCCAUUUACCCACAGCCUACACCCGAUAAAACGGCCGCCAAGUGCCGAAAGGACGUAUGCCUUUUGCCAGACUGUUAUUGCGGAGGAAGGGAUAUUCCUGGCGGAUUGAACGCCUCAGAUACUCCGCAAUUUGUACUUAUGACGUUUGAUGAUGCUGUCAACACCAUUAAUAUUGACUUGUACGAGGAACUCUUUAAUAAUAAGUCGCGGAAAAAUCCGAACGGCUGUUCGUGGCGCGGAACUUUUUACCUAUCUCACGAGUGGACGGACUACGGCAUGGUACAGGAUUUGUACUCACAAGGGCAUGAAAUGGCUUCCCACAGCGUUUCCGCCUCUGAUCACAGUCUACAUCGGUAUCUUGUUCGCGCUUUGCUAAAAGGGUUGCUCUCUACAUAUAUCCCCUGCUAUGAUGUUCGUACUUUUUUCACCCACAUUUCAUCUGCAUUGUUAGGCGAACUACCUGUUGAAAGCAUCCCUCAGAUCGUUCUCUUGACCUUUGACGAUUCCGUUAAUGACCUAAACAAGCAGUUAUACACGGAUCUGUUUGAGAAAGGUCGCGUCAAUCCAAACGGCUGUCCCAUCACAGCCACUUUUUACGUUUCCCACGAGUGGACUGACUACAGUCAAGUACAGAAUCUUUACGCCGAUGGACAUGAAAUGGCCUCGCAUACAGUUUCCCACAGCUUUGGCGAGCAGUUCUCGCAGAAGAAGUGGACCCGUGAAAUUGCCGGACAGCGAGAGAUCCUUGCUGCGUACGGCGGUGUCAAGAUGUCGGAUGUUCGAGGCAUGCGUGCUCCUUUCCUGUCGGUGGGCGGAAACAAAAUGUACAAAAUGCUGUACGACUCAAACUUCACCUACGACUCUUCCAUGCCUGUCUACGAGAACCGACCACCCUCCUGGCCCUACACGCUCGACUACAAGAUAUUCCACGACUGCAUGAUUCCACCUUGCCCUACCCGUUCUUAUCCUGGUGUUUGGCAAGUACCCAUGGUUAUGUGGCAGGACCUAAACGGAGGCCGCUGUUCUAUGGGCGACGCUUGCUCCAACCCCAGUGAUGCAGAUGGAGUGACAAAGAUGAUUAUGAAGAAUUUUGAGCGCCAUUACACCACAAACAGAGCACCGUUUGGGUUGUUCUACCACGCAGCAUGGUUUACCCAGCCCCAUCACAAGGAGGGCUUUAUAAAAUUCCUCGAUGCCAUCAAUGCGAUGCAAGAUGUGUGGAUCAUAACCAACUGGCAAGCGCUACAAUGGGUGCGAGACCCUACACCGAUAUCGCGCAUUAACUCAUUCCAACCAUUUCAGUGCGAUUAUUCGGAUCGACCAAAACGCUGCAACAACCCGAAAGUGUGUAAUUUGUGGCACAAGUCCGGCGUCCGAUACAUGAAAACGUGUCAGCCCUGCCCCGACAUCUACCCCUGGACUGGAAAAUCUGGAAUCCGAUCUUCCCGAAUCGAUAAUGAAGUUGAGGAGCCGACGGCGUAAGACUUCAAAUCGAAGGUCUCUCGUUGACCAUUUUCGGAUGGACCAUCAGUAGCCAAGAAGGAACACUUGACAAUCCAAGAUACUGAAAUAUAAAAGGCGUAAACAUUUAAGCUCAAAAUACGGAGUUCACUCGUUAAAAUGAUUUCUAACAAUUCCAUACUUUUAGCUAAUUCUUUUAAAGGACCCUAGUUAUAUUUUUGCAGCAUGUCAAUACAAAUUAUUUAUUCCCUUUUACAUACUCCAUACCUGUCUGUAUAUUCCUAUAGAUAUUUACGAUACAUUGAUUAUUCUCCAAGUUGCACACGCAAUCUUAAAACGACCCUUGUAAACGUAAAUCAAUUAGGCAUAGAACAGUAAUCAAAUAAGUACUAAAAAAAGGCGUAAUUGGUGCAUCGAGUCCUUGAACAUAAUAAAAUUCUCAGUAUGAUUUGGAUGCAUUAAGUCCACACACCAAGAGCGCAUUUAGAUGUUAGGCUAAUAUAACGUUUCGUUUACAUGUGAUAAAGAGAUACAGCUGAAUUUAUGUAUUAUUAGAUUGGCACGAGCCUUCCUUUUUUCCAUUUAAACUGCGUAGUUUUAAUUACAAUAUUGUCAAAGCCAAAUUGGUAUUGGGUUUGGGUGCAUUAGGAUUAACGUUCGGAUACAAGUUUAAGUUAUUUUAUUUGUCUGAAAAUAACAAGAGCUAAAUUCCCCUGAAUUGAUACAGUCUUUCAACAUUCAAUGAUUUAAUUUAGUUCAAUGAUAGAAGCGACAUGCACGCUUGUCGUUAACGAUUUAAUAUUAAUGUAUAUGCGAAAGUAUUACGAGGAUCACACAUCCAAUAAUCAAAAAUGACAAUUAAAUAAUGCAAGCUUAAUAUAUUGUAAGGGCACACAAAAUAUAGAAAGCUUAAUUAUAAUGGGCAGACGCAAAAUAUACAAAAAAUUUAGAAAUGAGAGUGAAUUAAAUAUUUUGUGCUAGAUUUUGUAAAAAUAGA